AGACAAUGUAAAAUGGCCGUCUAGUGUGAGUGUGUUCGAUGUUUGUGUUUGAUAAACAAGGUUUUCUGUGAAGUUGUGUAUGAACCGGACCGAAAAACCGCCACAUAUUGAACGGUGCCGUGUAUUUGACUGUGACCCAGGAAGAAAUACGUUUGUCUUUUGUGUAAUUUAUUUAGAAAUAAGAUGCGGUCGAGAGUCGCGACUGAUGCAGUGACGAUCCACUGCUGACCCCUCCGGGGCCGUAACCGAAGCGCAACCGUCCCCACGAACCGCCCUCCAGCAUGGGCAACAGUUGCUGCUGCUGCGGCAGCAAGAAGUCCGAAAGGUACAGCACGUCCAAUACGAAAAUAAUACACGGCAACGAAGCAUUGACAAGGCUGCCAAUAACCGAUGGAAACCGUUACACACCAGACCCGCAACGGACACAUGCCGACUUCAUCAGGGCGGCGCGGCCGACGCCGACGCGGACGACACAGUUCCCACCGGUGAAAGGACGCAUCGUGGUCGCCAUGUAUAACUACGAGGCGCGCGACAACACUGACGUGUCGUUCAAGAAGGGCGACCGCAUGGAGGUGGUCGACGACUCCGAGGGCGACUGGCUCAACGUCGUCCAUCUCAUCACAAAAAUGCAGGGUUACAUACCCGGCAACUUCGUUGCCCCCGAGCUUAGUGUUGAGAGCGAAGAUUGGUUCUUUGAGAACAUAUCCCGCAAGGAGGCGGAGAAACUGCUGUUGGCUGAGGAGAACAGUCGCGGCACAUUCUUGGUACGUCCGUCUGAGCACAACCCCAGCGGCUACUCCCUCAGCGUGAAAGACUGGGAAGAAUACAGAGGAUAUCACGUCAAACAUUACAAAAUCAAACCCCUAGACAAUGGCGGUUUCUACAUCUCCACCAACAAGACUUUUGAUUCCCUAGCCGAGUUAGUCAACGCAUACACCAAAAAUGCAUUUGGGCUGUGUCACGUAUUGUCAAAACCAUGCAGAAAACCUGAGCCCACGAUGUGGGACUUGGGUCCGACCUACAGAGACAAGUGGGAGAUUCCCCGCAGCGAGCUGCAGCUGAUUAAGAAACUGGGCCACGGCAACUUCGGUGAGGUGUUCUACGGCAAGUGGAAAAAUAAUUACGAAGUGGCGGUCAAGACACUGAGACAAGGUACGAUGUCAACUGACGCAUUCCUUGCCGAGGCAGCGAUCAUGAAGAAGUUCAGGCACAAGAGGCUGGUAGCUCUGUACGGCGUCUGCAGCGAGGAAGAACCCAUUUAUAUCGUUCAAGAGUACAUGUCUAAAGGAAGCUUAUUGGACUUCUUGCGUAACGACGAGGGCAAACGCCUUCAAUUCGAGGACCUGAUCUACAUAGCAUUCCAGGUGGCCAGCGGCAUGGAAUACCUCGAAUCUAAGCAGCUAAUCCAUCGCGAUCUGGCCGCACGCAACGUGCUUAUCGGCGAAAACAACAUAGCGAAGAUCUGCGAUUUCGGGCUGGCCCGCGUGAUAGAAGACAACGAGUACUGUCCCAAGCAAGGAUCCAGAUUCCCGGUAAAAUGGACCGCUCCCGAAGCCAUUGUUUAUGGAAAGUUCUCGAUCAAAUCGGACGUAUGGUCCUACGGUAUACUGUUGAUGGAGUUGUUCACGUACGGACAGGUCCCGUAUCCGGGUAUGCACGGCCGAGAAGUGAUUGAAAUCAUAGACAAGGGCUACAGAAUGCCGAAACCCACGACACAUCAACUACCAGACGAGAUUUAUCAGACUAUGCUGAAUUGUUGGGACGCCAAGCCAGAGAAUCGUCCCACGUUUGAGUUCUUGACGCACUACUUCGAAACGUUUAAUGUCACUUCGGAGGUACCUUACAGGGAAGUACCAGACUAAGAUCGGUUCGGUUGAUUAGUCAGUACUUAAAAAUGUUUUAUUUCAAGGCAGUUUUAUGGAUUGAUACUAUGCUAGAUCUCAUUUAUUAUGUUUAAAGUGCUUUGUUUAAAUAUCCUUUGUAUUUUUUUGUAGGAAGUGUUGGCUGUUCCAAGUGUAUUAUAUAAAUGAAGUAGUACUUUUAAUUGAACGUCCGACACUUCUGCGCCGCACUUUGUUUCAAUCGCAAAAAUUUAGCAUAACAAAGGCGAGUUUGUGAUAUUUAUGUUUCGUUUUAAAGAUUAGGCUAGUCAUGUAUAUAAGUUAUUUUCUUAAAAUAAUAGAAAUUCGAUAAAGUAGAAGUAGGAAUAAAAGUGUAUGGUUAAAUCUUAUUAUAUUCAUCACAUCAUAAUUUAAAAUUAGACUAAGUUCAAUGAAUUAUAAUGUUGACACUUAAGUGUAAAAUAUUUACAUUUUAUUUUAUUUUCCACCCCUGUCAAUAACAAAAGCUAAAUUAAGUUUGAAACCAAUUAAUUUUGAUAAAAAUCAAGACUAACUUGUCAUCAUUAAUCUAUAAGUGUUUCUUAUAUACAGGGUACUGAGUGUUGAAAAAUUUUCCUGAAGUCGUGCUAAAUUUUUGCAGGUGGACAUUUAUUCCAAAUCAACGUGAAAAAAUGAUAAAAACUAGCAAAAAGACUGUUAUAUAUUAUGUUAAUUACAUCAGACGUCUGUCUUAAAAAGUCUGCUUUUUCUAUGAUGUAGUAACGUUUUUGAUUCGUUUUACUAGAAACUGUUCUUAAAAUUAAGAAGAAAAAUUGCCACGUACAUGUAGUAAUAGUACAAAAAGGCGAAAAUGAAGUGUCCUAUUUCAAGAUUAUAUCUUUUAUACAAUGACUUUUUGUACUCUAAAACUUUUUACAUUAAAAAAUAUAUUGGACGUGGACCAAUAAUUUCUUGAACAUCACAGUUUUGUUUAUAGGAUUUUUAUUUCCUAUACUAUUUCAAAACAAAAAAAGGAACUUUUCUAAAUUGGGAACUUUGUGUAUUGUAUGUGUGUUGUGAAUUAUUAGUAUCUAAUUACUUUUUCCAUUACUUAAAAAAUACCAAAUCUACCAAAUAGAAUUUGUUUUGAAAAUCGAUGCAUUUAGCAAUGUAUUUUUGUCCUGUCCGAUUUUGAGUUUAUGGUCUUUCAUAAAUACAUUGUACAUGCACUCCACGAGUUUGGUAUUUUUGGCUAGCUGUUUUCGUGCAAUACAUGUGUACAAAAUAAUCUGGCCCUCCAAAUAGAACAAAGAAUGUUAAAAUACAGUUUUAAAAAGUUAUAGAUAUGCUUUUAUACUCUAUUGUUUGUUAAAAAACAUGUGUUUUAUCAUAGUCAUGAUAGUGUAUGUGCGUGUGUUAAUUGACAUUAUUUAUAUUUUUCCACAAGUGUUUAUGUGAUAGAAAUGAAAACUAUAUUUUUCCAAAAUCAAAUCACUUCUGUUACAUAAAGCGUUAACAAUUUUGUCUUGUAUAUGUUAUAUAAAAAACAGUCAGUUUAUUUGAGUCAUGUUAUUUAAAUAUUUUAUGUUUAUAAUUAAGUUUUUAAUAAAAGCCAUAUGUUACAGAAACAAUCAUAUAUUAUAACUUUUGUAAAUAUUCUAGUACUGAAAUAAAAACAUUGUGCUAAUCU